AUGCUUCCUGACGUGAGCGAAACCCUACUCGACGAGGAGAACCACCUCAUCUUCGAGAAGAAUGUAUCCGUUCCACUCAAGAACGGAGGCCUCGUCCGCUGCAACGUGUAUCGUCCAAUCGAGGAAGGACAGUACCCCUGUCUGGUGACAUACGGUCCCUAUGGAAAGGACAUUCCCUACGAGAAGUUCCACCCCAAGUCCUUCUCCGAAGUCAACCCCGCCCACAAAUCCAAAUACUCGGCGUGGGAAACGCCCGACCCCGUCUUCUGGACACACCACCAGUACAUCGUCAUCCGCGCAGACGAGCAGGGACUGGGGCAGUCGCCGGGAACGCUGAACACCAUGUCCGCGGAGACGGCGGCCGGGUUCGCGCAGGUGGUGGAGUGGGCGGCUGAGCAGCCCUGGAGCACGGGCAAAGUGGGCUUGGUGGGGGUCAGCUACUAUGCCGGCACGCAAUGGCGCGUGGCAGCCCUCAAACCCAAAGGCCUCGCCUGCAUCAUCCCGCACGAAGGCAUGUCGGACUACUACCGCGACCGCUGCCGGCACGGCGGCAUCCUGUCGAACCGGUUCAUCUCCUUCUGGUGGAACCGCCAGGUGAUCACGAACCAGUACGGGCGGCCGGAUCGCGCCGCGGCGGAAUGGGGCGACGACCCCAUCGACGGGGCUCUGUCCGAGGCAGACCGCCUCCACAACCUCUGCGACCAGAAUACCGACAACGCGGCCAACCGCUACCUCGACGACGAGUACUACGCGUCGACCGUGUUCCGGCUGGAGGACAUCGAAGUGCCUGUGCUCUCCGUGGCCAACUGGGGCGGGAUCUCGCUGCACCUGCGCGGCAACGUCGAGGGGUACACCUGGGCGGGUGCGGGACGCAAGUGGCUGCGCUUUAUUGUGGGGCGCCACGAUCUGCCGUUCUACUACGACGAGGAGGUCAAAGUGCAGCACAGCUUUUUGGAGGCCUUUCUCCGCGACAAUGACUAUGCGGGGUGGAUGGCGGGGAAGGUUGCGCCGGUGAGCUUGACGCUGCGCCGCGGGGAUGUGGGGUUCAAUAACCCCGUCGGGGAGCGGGCGUUCCCGCGCCGGGAGGAGAUGGAGUGGCCGCUGGCGCGCACGGUGUAUACGCGGUACUAUCUGACUCCUGGGGGAGGGCUCGAUGAGAAGUACGCUCCUGCGGCGGAGGAAGCGGCGAGCCGGUUGACCUACGCAGUGGACUCGAGUGGUGCCAGCGAUACAGCAAUGAAGCUGCAGUUCUCGACUGCUCCUGCACCCGCGGAGUUGGAGGUGACGGGCCACAUCGUCGCCCAUCUGUGCGUCUCCGUGGACUGCGGAAGCACGCCCCCUCCGUCGGACCUGGAACUCGAUGUCUUUGCCACUCUCCGCCAUUUCUCCGCCGCAGGCAACGAGGUGCACUACACCGGAUCCUCUGGGGACGCAGUCCCCGUGACCAAAGGCUGGCUGCGCGUGAGUCUCCGCAAGACGAACCCCGAAAGCCCCUACCAUCGACCCUAUCUACCCAGACGAGAGUACCGGUCCGUGGAUGUGCUGCCAGUAAAGGCGGGUGAGAUCUAUGCCUGCGACGUGGAACUGUGGCCCACGAAUGUGGUGGUCGAGAAAGGCGGGCGGCUGGUGUUCGAGGUGUCGGCCAACGAUACGGAGGGCUCGGGGCUGUUUCAGCAUAAUUCGGAGGUGGACCGACCUCCGGCCAAGUUCGGACAGACGAACGCGAUUCACUUUGGCGAGGGGCAGGAGAAUUGUUUGGUGCUGCCGGUUAUUCCGGCGGAGGGGGCCUAG